AACAGAAACUAAUAACAUAAAAUAGUAUAACCCGUGGUGAUCAGCCACAGUAGUUGGUUUUGGCUUUCCAUGAAUAAAAAGAAAAUGCAGUUUUCGAACCUGAUAUUUUGUUGAAUUCAUAAAAAGACGGCCUCGAAAUGUAUUCUAAACGUAUAGUUAUAUCAAUUAUAGUGAUUGGUUGUUUGGCUCACUUCAUAACUUGUCCGAGUACAGUGGAUAAUAAAAAACAAAAGCCCAAAAUCUCAAGUAAAGAUUCGGCGAAAACGGACCCACAAGGGAAAUAUUCAAAUAGUCCUGCACCUACAAGAUCGCGUUCAGUUUCACCAAACAACAAUGUGGAUUCUAAAGGCAAUGGCAAUGCCAAGAGUCCAACUAAUCCUGCAGCUAAGAAGCCGAUGAAACCUCCUGCACCUGAUAAAAAAAAAGAACCCGCUGAAAAUACUGCAGAGAAUCCCGAUGGUGACGAACAACUCGCGGAAGAAAAACCCGCCGGUCGUAUCAAAAAAGUUUUCAGACGGAUCAACAAUUUCAGAAAAAAAAUAUGUCCAUUUAGAUUUUUUGGCCGUUUAAUUAAAAAAGGUUUGGGUUCAAAUAAGAAACCGAAACUUACGGAUGAAGAGGGACAGGAAGUGAACUUUGAUAAAUAAUAAUAGUUAUAUAAGAAACAGUGGUGUAAUAUUUUUUACUGACCACACCAGCUAAUGUGUUACGAUUGUUUAAUAAAAUAAUAAUACCUAGUUAAUAU